AUGAUACCCGUCAUUGCAUUUGGAAACGAGACGUUGAAGAAAAAUCAUGUCAAAUUCAAGGGACACAAGGUUGGCCUUACAGAUGUGCUGUAUACCGAGCUAAAGAAGAAACAAAAAAGUGGGGAGGCAAUCAUUGCACUUGUGGAUGAAUAUCAAACGUCGAAGGCCAAUAUGUCACUAUUGCAACGAAAUGUCCCUCACUCAUGUACUUUCUGGUCUUCACAGUACCCUAACCUGCCAAGAUUGUGGAAUACUGUGGAAUAG